AUGAGUAACACGACGAUGUUUGUGGACGAUAUGGAGGAUGAGGCAAGAAAUGAGAAUUUGGUAAGAGAUUACCUAUUGCAUCAGCUCCAAUUGAAUUUAUUACAUGCUCAAUGGCAUGACAAAACGCAUGAUGAAGCUGUUGAAGAAUUAAUGGAAGCUAAAAGAAUAAUGCAGGAAAUGGAAGAUGAUGUUGUGAAGAAAUUCGUUGCUUUAAAUAAACAAUAUGAACAGAUUAAUGGCAAGUUAUUAACAUAUUCAUUAAAAGAAAUUGAACAUUUAUCAAUUAAGCGACAGACUACUUUGUAUAAAUUCAAUGGUGACGCAAAAGCGUAUUUGACAAAUCACCAAGCUCUAGCAGAACGGUUGUCACAGCUUAAAGAAGAAGUCAAAAAUCAGCAAGAAAAAAUUGCCGUGCUAAAUUCCCAUAUAUCGGAAAUUGACUCUAAAUUACGAUCGGUUUAG